AGGGCACCUGCCAGGGGAGCAGGGCACCUGCCAGGGUCUGGCCACCUCAGUUUUCUUGGGCCACAAACAAGGGGAACUUCAGAAGGGUUUUGGAAAAGUAGCAAAAUCUCUGACACUAAAUCCUGACAGUGAGUGGAUCCUCAUGGAGCCAACUAGGAGAGGGUCAGAAAGGUGUCCCGGAGCUGGCAUGGGUCAGUGAGUGAAGCCUGGGGGGCUGUGAUGAUAUCAAAAGUGAACAAGAAAAGAAGUUUGGAAACUACAGACCCUAAAGCCCAAUAAGACCGGCACAUGCAGCCCCCGCUGCUGUAACAGAGAAAAGGAAAAUCUGCAUUUUGAGAUUGGAACUGGUCUAUAGGAAGCUCCAAUUUUAGGAGACGUGGGUUUACCUCCCUUUCCAACAUCAGCAUAACCCAAGGCCCCCGGCAUACAGGGACAUGCAGGGUAACAAGAAGUGCACAGAUGGCUUCAGCGACUCCUCCAGCAUCGGUAGUGUGCUGGAUGAUGCAGACCGGGAGGUGAGCAACCUCACAGACCGGGCCUUCCGAAGCCUGUGCAUCUCUGAGGACACCUCCUUCCAUGACUCUGAUCUGGCCACGUCCCCGGACAGCUCCCACCGAGUGCUUGGGCCUCUCCACCAGGGCACCAUGAGCCAUGCCCACAGGAAGAGUGGCAUCUGGAGCCAGCUUCCGCCGCAAGGCACAGAGCACGCAGGCUGGGCAGCCACCUUCCAACAGCUCCCCAAGUAUGUUCAAGGGGAGGACAAAUACCCCAAAAGCAGCCCCCCACUCACUCCAGCCCAGUGGAGACUGGAGGUGCCUAUUUCUGGCCUGCGAAGCAGCAACAAGCCUGUUUCCAAAGUAUCAUCCCUGAUCAAGUCUUUCGACAGGACUGAGAACCAGCGCUGUGACAGUAGGCCACCCCCAAGCAAGCCUCCAGCUCUCAAAAAUCCCCCCAAAUUUGCCCCUCUUCCUGACAGUAGUGUCAACUUCUGCUUCGACUCUGCCUUUCUGACAGUCAGGAGGGUGCCUGCCGAAGUCUCCAGUGUGCACCAAAGCAGUCAUCAGCCCCCACAGAGCCAUGGAGAACGAGAGUCCCCAAAGAACCCUGAGAUGGCCCGUCGCAGCUCUGGUGGCCUCCUGUCAAAACCGGACAGUACAGCCAGCUCAUUUGAGUCCAAGUUCCCCUCUCCAUCACACCAGCCAGCCAAGGCAGAGCCCAGCAGAGGCCAAGAGUGGGCCCACAAAGGUACUUUUCUGCACAGCGAGAACAGUGCCUUCGAGUCGUGGGAUGCCCACCAACCUAAGUUGCUUGAGAGAAAAAAUGUGGCUGAAAGUAUCUCUGAGAACAAAAUCCUCAAACACUAUGAAGAUGUGCUUCCCAUAAGAGAAGCCCACACUCGGCCCCACAAGGUCUCCCCCUGCCCAGUGCGGCCCAGCUGUGCUCAGGAGGAAAAUGGUUCAGCUGCAGCAGUUCUAUCCACUGCUGGACCCUGGAGAACCAGGGACCCUGGAGCCCAGGCUUUCCACAUGGAAGGAAAAUCACCCAAUCCACAGCCUGACCCUCAGGUGAAGCCAACACAGCCUCCAUGGAGGAAGCCAAAGUCCAGCAGGGGAGGGAAGGAAAAGGUGGUAGAUGUUGUGGAAGAGCAGAGACAGACCCACCAGAGAGGCCCCUCUCUGCCUGCAAAGCACAAUGGACAGGCGCACCUCCCAGAGGAUGACACUCCAGACAUGGCUGGGGACCAUGACCUGCAUCACAAUCCUCCUUUCAAUAUCAGCAAGCUCCUGACACCCAUCAUCCCCACCAAGCAGGCCCUGGAGUCACCGGAGGGCCGACUAGAGGAGGCCAGCCCCUCCCCCCCAGCGCAGCUCAAUGGAUACCAGGAGCGGGAGCCCAGUGAGUGUCCACUGCGAGACAGCUACAAAUCCAAAGCACCGAGCCUGCUAUUCAACCUCAAAGAUGUACGGAAGUGUGUCAAGAGCACGUACAGUCACUCGCCUCUCUCCAAAGGCUUGGACGAGAAAUCCCGAGGGAAGGCUGAUGGCAAACAAGAGCCCAUGAGCAAUGGAGUCAUGCUUCCCAAUGGGGUUGAGGAAAGCCCUCCAAAUGAGCUAUCUCCAGAGAGGCCGGCCAAGGCCCCUACCACCUCGCACACUGGCACCCAGGACUCUAUAGCCCAACCUGGGGAGGCCUCAAUGCACGACCGCAUCUCCCCUCCCACCGCUACCAUGACCUCCUUCUGUGUCAAAAGGAACACUGCAGGAAGGAACAGCGAGGUGAAAGAUGUUGUUGACCAGGAGUCAGAGCCAGGCUCUUCUGGGUCCUGGCAUCCAGACAGCAGGGGACAUGGCCCCAGGAAGCACCUGUCCCUGAAGCUAUGCACCAGGGAGUCCAAGGAGGAGGAUGUGCAGGAUGCAGAGCAAACCAAUACCCCCCAGCUGGAGAACAGGCUUUUGCAAUCCACCUCCCAGGAGACAGAACCUGAGCAGGUCACAGGGCUUCUGAACCCACACCUGGACCAGAAAGCCUCCCCAGAGCCUCUGUCCCCCGAGGAGGAGGAUGUGUUCUACAGUGACAGCCAGUCCGACUUUAUGCCUGGCCUCCGGGGGAAGACAAAGUUUAGCACUAGCUCUUCAGAUCAGUCUUUUGCUUCAUUCGAUGAUCAGCAGAAGAUAUGGUUUUCUGAGAGCCAGCGGGAAGACAAAAAGGAUGUGAGUACAGGUGACAGUGAGAAGGAGAAGGGACAUGUGACAGAGACAGGCAACAUCCUGAGUAAUGGACACAUGUGUGUGGAAGAGCAGAGCCAGGGCCAAGCACCACAAAGCACAGGUUUGUGUGCAGGUAGAGCUGGGAGGGUAUCCACUCAAGAAGCAAAACACAGAGGCUCUAGGAUGGUGGAAAAUAGGGAUAUGGCCCUUUCACAGGCCAGAGACCCCACCCCCUCUCCAUCCUCAGCUGCAAGCAAGCAUCUGCUAUUUACCAUUAAAGACAACACCCUAAGGAGUACUCCCGUGAUCAAACCCAUCAUCCUGCCCCACCUGAGGACCAUGUCCUCAGAGGACCCACUCAGAGGUGGCCAAAGAGAGGGAGAAUCACCAAGGCAACGUCCAGGUGAGAAUGCUGGAGGGCAUGGUGUCCUAGAAAGCCAGGCUGUGCCCAGCACCCCAAUACCUGCUAACACGCGGGGCACAGGCUCAAAGCACAUGGGCUUCCAGGCCCUGGAGAAUCCUGGGCAGACGUCCACGGGAGCAUGGACAGACAUCUCUCAGCCAGACCCUGAGGAGACUUUCUCAUCUCCACCACUGGUGGGAGAGGGCAACAGGAUGAAGCCACCCGACGAUAGGGCACAGGAAGUCGUGGCUAGUGAUGGGAGGAGCAGGUCGAGGAAACCAGCUGCCCCAAGACACAUCCCCAUCAUCACUUUCCCUGAGAGUGACCUGGAAGAGCAGCCAACCAGGCAGACACUGGCCACCUGCUGGGAAGAACAAAGUAUCCAAGGCCAGUUUCUGUCUGCACCCAGAGCAGGGCCACCGGGGCGAAGACUGAUCCCGGGUGAAAUGGUAACGUCCCCCAAUCCCAGCUCCCUGGGAGAGAGCCGUGCCUGCUCGCCCUCCACCAGCAGCCUUUGGGACAGUGCUUCUCAGGCACCUGGAGACCUGGGUCUGCUGCCUGAGGAGCCCUCCAGCAGUGCUAGCCCCCGGGCUGGCUCCACCAGGCUGGUACGGCGGGAAGACUUGAUACACAGCCUCGUGUGGGAGCCAGACAGCUCAGACGCCCAACACCAGUCAGCCAGGGAGGACCUCCGGGCACUCUCCCCCAGAGGCUCUUUGCUAGACAUAGCCAUGGGCCCUGAGAGAUCUGAGCCUCCCACUCAGCUGGAAAGGGUGGCCGAGAAGCCCCCCGCAGUGCCCCCCAAAACUGAGAAAGCCCUGCGGCGAGCAAAGAAGUUGGCAAGCAAGCGGAGAAAGAGUGAGCAGGUGCCUGAGCAGCUCAGGGAAGCCCAUGAAGGUCGGGAGGGUACAGAGCGUAGGCCCCAGGCCCUUGGGGAGGGUCCCCAGCUCCCCACAGUGCGCACACUGCCCCCUCCUUCACACCGCCACUCCGUGUCAGGUGUCAUGGAACCCAUGGGGAGGCGGCCAUGGGGGGUGCAACCCUUGACACCCCUGCCCCCUUACCCUGCCAUGCAGAAGGUCCUCCAGGACCCUCAGUCUGGGGAGUACUUCGUUUUUGACCUGCCCCUGCAGGUGAAGAUCAAGACCUUCUAUGACCCUGAGACUGGCAAGUACGUCAAGGUCUCAGUCCCUGCCUCUGAAGGGGCCUCUCCAGAGCCCCCUGGGCAGGACACCCUGGCUAUGCCCUACCUGGUGUACCCAGGCCUCCAGCCUGUGCCCGUCACAGCGCUGAGGCCCCUGCGCUGUUCUUCUCAGCUCUCCGCACCCACCUUCCUAGGGAAAGGCCUCCUCUCUAGGCCCCACAGCGUCCAUGAUACAGGGUCCUGGCCAACCACAGGGCCUCAGGGUAACACCAACCCACUUAAGGCCACCCAGUAUGCAGAGGGGCCACCCACAGGCCCAGAAGAUGAAGAAGUGGAAGCCCCAGGCCUGGCCAUCAUCUCCACUGAUGACUUGGAGGACUUUGCCACUGAAGGCAUUUCUUGAGGAUUACAACAGACUGACCCCCUACCCCCCCAAACCAAAGAGCGUACAUCCUGUCCCUUCAAACAGGCAGUCUCUUUCUUCCCCUCCCCUCCCUAGACGUAUACAAAGGCAUCAACCAUAUUCAGCCAUCUGAGAUCCCAAAUGUCCAGAAGAAAGUGGUAGUCUGCCAGGCCCCUCAGAAGAGGGUGCUGUUCUCAUGGCUAGCCUCUGCUGCCCCUCCCUGCCCCUGGCCAUCCUACCCUGCCUGGGCCUUGUUCCAGGGUGAUAUAGCUCAGAUGCUGGGGCCUCAGGGCAGCAGCCUCCAACCUCUCCCAAGGUGGGCUGGCCAGGGAGAGCUCCAGAAAUGCGGAACCCUGCUGUGGGUGGCAGUGCGCCACCUGGAGCAGGCCAACACACAGCAGCCGGACUGCAGGUCACCUCAGCAGCCUUGCAGAAAAGAGGAUGAGACCAGGUAUUGUUUUGUUCUCCACAGGGAGCGUGCCUCUCAGGGCUAUUUUCUGACAAAGAGAAAGCUACCAUCAAAAACAAUGAAGCAAGUUUACCAAC